AUGUCACCAGCAUGCGAACAAAACGUCAUUAUGCUCCGUACCAGACCACGAUCCAGAAGACAAUUAAGUAUAACAGUUCCACCUUUACCCAAAAGAGAUUAUCUAGUGGUCCCUUCUGUCGAUGCCACAGGUAGAGCAACUCCUCUUGUCCCCACUCCCAAAGCUCAUGAAGUAGUCCAGGCUUCGAGAAAGGUAGAUGACUUGACCGGUAGGAUCAAAGUCAAAGUCGAUUGGUGGAACGGUAGAGAGACGAAAAGAGAAGACAAGUUGAAUGAGGGAGAAGUGAGGGAAUCAAAAUUGGAAAGAACAGAAAUAAAAGAAAGAUGUUUGAAAUCACCAUUUUCUUUGAGAGCGACUUUACAUACUCCUAGAAAUCGUUUAAGAGAAAGAAGGAUAUUGGAUCCGGAAAGAAUACCAACCUCGGCUACUUUACCUAGUGGAGCAAGGAGAUUGAGGGGGUUGCACAUCUUAUUAUGGACGAUUUUCGGAAUGGUGGUUAUGUUGAGUGUGGUCUACGUUUUCUUAUCUCCUGUCUGCGUACGACCAAGUUUGAGUCAUGUGGGGGUAUUGUUACCUUCGUGCGAUAUGGGUAAUCGAACAGAUCAUACGAAUCAUCGACCUGCGACAGUGGAAGUAGUUAUGGACUCUGUGGGAAUGGAAAUGUACGAAGAAGGGUCGGACGAUGACGAAAAUAUGAAUUUGGAGAAUCAUGAAGAGACGAUCAUCAGUAUUAUGAACGAUGGGACAGAGGUUAGUGGAACCAAGGUAGGAGAUGUUAUGGAAAAUGGAAAUUUGGGACUUAUCAGUGCUGAAGAAGUGGCUGAUUUUUUGCAAGAAGGUUGGUAG